AAUGAGAAUUUCGAGAAUAAUAAUGUGAAUUUGAAUGCGAUCGGAGGAGAACAACUUCAAAUGGCCUUUCAAACAGCCAAAACCAUGGGAUGGAGUACAUGGGAUCGAUUGAAGAGAGGAUAUGAGGAAGCGACAGGAAGUGGAAUUGUAGGUGGAUUACCUUGGAAAGAAGCAGAUGAACCUAAUCUUGGAACGACUCAUCCAACAUCAGAUGUGAAGGAAAGAGAAGCAAGAGAAGUCGAGCUAGGAUCGAGUGGUUGGAAUGAUAAAAAUUGUAAAGAUGAAAGAUUGAUGGGAGGUGGAUUAGUUGAAGAGAAUCCAUGGAGAACGAAUGAUGAAGAAGACAAGAAAUCUAAACUUUCAAAUCUAACGGAAAUCAAAUCAGAAGUUAAACCAGAAUUAGAAAUCUUCAAGAUGAAGAAGAAUGAAGAUGAUGUGAAUAAAGUGGUGGAAGGGAAUUCAGAUCCAUUAGGAGUAGGUUUCAAUUUUUAGUAAAUAAUUGAAGAUGUGUGGUUGAAUGUAUGCAUCUGAUGUGUCAAAGGUAAUUCUUGUUACAAUGUAUGAAUACGAACAUCCUCAUCUCGCAGUGAAGCAAAACCUGAUGUAAUAUCAAGCAAAUCGAUUCUGAAUCCUUCAAUUUGCAAGGUGCUAUCUGCAUAUGUAGCC